UUGGGAGGAAGAUAAAGAAAAAGAGUGGAAUAUGUCCAAACUCCAUAGCUUCACGAGAACAAGGCAACAAACGGAAGCAUUGACCAUAGAUUUAGAGAACUCCGAGACGCCCUCAUUUGUAUAGAUUUAUUAUUUGAUCUCUUCUUCAUUCUUGAUUUAUUUAUUUGAUCAAAUAAUAUAAUAAUUACAAAGCAGCCCAAUCGGCUUUUCUUGUUUUUCUCUUCCUCCAAAGCUUGGAUUUUUCAGCCAACAAAAAUCAACUCAGAUCAGUUCUGGAAUCAAUUUGGGAAUUGAAAGGAGAUUCGGAUUCUGAACAGCAACGAAUGCCACAUUUUGGUGUAUUUACAGCAUUCCAGAUUGAGGUUUCUGUUUACAGUAAGGUAGAAGGUGACAAGUAAAGAUCUUGAGGUGUUGGGAUUUUUCAAGUUUCAAGGUUUCUGGAGAUGGCUGGUGUUCAAGAUCAGUUGGAUGUCAAAUUUAGAUUGACUGAUGGGUCAGAUAUUGGUCCUAAAACCUUUCCUGCUGCUACCAGUAUUGCAACCUUGAAAGAAAGUGUUCUUGCACAAUGGCCUAAACAGAAGGAGAAUGGUCCAAGGACAGUGCAAGAUGUUAAGUUAAUUAAUGCCGGAAAAAUAUUGGAGAACAAAAAAACCCUGGGGGAGUGCCAAAGUCCUCUUUGUGAUAUUCCCGGUGGGUUGAUGACGAUGCAUGUCGUCGUUCAACCUCCUUCAGAGGAAGAAAUGAAGGCAACAAAUCAAGCACAACAAAACAAAUGUGUUUGUGACAUAUUAUAAUCCACAGUUUGCCGAGGGUAUGACAUUAUUUUCAGAUGAGGAGUGCCUGAACUGGCAUAGAAAAUCAAGUUGGGCACUUUUCCGAUUGAUGAAGGUGGUCGGCAUCUUGUAGAUUUUUCAUAUCAGUCGGUUUUUUU